CUAAUUAUAUGUUAAUUUUGUGCAGCUACCGUGGCUUCGAAUGCUUCCUUUCAUGGUCAUAUUUGUGUAGCCACGAGAAAACAUAUUUUUUCUCUUAAAUCUGCUCGGAGUGUUCCCAUUUUUUGUGAGGAAAAAGUUUUAGUGCCAGUACGGCUGAACUUCCAAUCACCAGGAAACUCAAAUUUCAAAUCGUGGUAUCUUGAGAAGCAAUGCAAACAUUUUAUCAAAGCGGUUGCUACUGUUGAACCAUAUUGCUUUAUAAAUUCCGAAAGCAACCUCAUGGAUGAUUCUAGUUUGUGGUUCGAUUCUAACCCUGAAAAUCAAAUGGCUCAAUGUUCAGUUGAGUGUCCUCAGCUAGAUGAGAGAGAGACAUUAAGACGGAUGAGGAUUUCAAAGGCAAACAAGGGGAAUAUUCCAUGGAACAAGGGAAGAAAACACAGCCCAGAAACUCUACAAAAGAUCCGAGAGAGAACCAAACUUGCAAUGCAGGAUCCCAAGGUCAAAAGGAAGUUGAUGAACUUGGGGCAUGCUCAGAGUGAUGAAACAAAGAAGAAAAUUGCAGUAGGGGUGAGGCAGGGUUGGCAAAGACGGCGCGGAAUUUUGAUGGUUCAAGACAGAUGUAUAUUUGAAUGGCAAAACCUGAUUGCAGAAGCAUCAAGGAAGGGUUAUGCUGGUGAGGUUGAGCUACUAUGGGAUUCCUAUAAGGUUAUAGGAGAACAACUGAAGCAGAUGUGGUUGGAGAGCAUUGAGAAGAGGAAAUCAAUGCCUAGGCCAAAAGGCAGUAAGAGGGCGCCCAAAUCUCUCGAGCAGCGGCGGAAGAUCUCGGAGGCUAUCACUGCCAAAUGGGCUGAUCCUGAAUAUCGUAAUCGAGUUCAUACUGCAUUGAUCAAGUAUCAUGGUACAGUAACUGGAUCAGAAAAGAAGCCCAGGAGAAAACCAACUGGAGAAACUUCGACUGAAAAAGGCGUUUCGAUGAAGAAGAAACCUGAACAGACUACUCAAUUGAACAUGGAACUAAAGAGCUUCAAGCAAGUAACAUAUAAGAAAAGAAAAAACUCUGCCCCUUCCUACAAGGAUCCAAUGUCCAGUGCCAAGUUCGAGUUGCUCAAGAAAAUUAAAGCAGAAAGAGCAGAAAUGGAAAGCAAGAAAAUAGAAGCCACAAUGAGGGCCAAGCUACUGAUCGCUGAAGCUGAGAGAGCUGCAAAAGCUCUUGAGGUAGCUGCACUGAAGAGCCCACUUGCAAAAGCUUCACUUUUGGAAACCAGGAAGCUGAUUGCUGAGGCAAACUUAUCACUUAGAAGCAUUGAGAGUAGACGCUUAAUGCCACAAGAAAGUGUAGUCGAGUCGCAGAACAAUACAAUUACAGCGAUAAACCAAGUGAAUGGAUUCCAUAAUCUGUCUUCCACUGAGAAUAGCGAUGCCAUUAAGGAAUACCAAACGAGGUAUGGAAUAGAAGUUGAGGAAGGUUCUGAGGCAUAUCAAAACCAUCUUCCACCUUACCAUCCUAAUAGAAUUGAGUUAGAUCGAACAGAUAGGACUGAUUUAGUCUCGAGAAAGCCAAGUGAUUCCAAUAUAGGUUCCACAAAAAGGCGAAAGUGGGUCUGCGGUCGGCUUGUUGAAGUAGAAGAUUAAUGCUUCAUUUGGGACGGCUUUCUUGUUACUUCUCAAUGUAACGUUUUAGUACAAAAAUUCUCCUUUUUGUACGAGAAAGCCGUUUUAGGAAGCAGUAAAAAAGCUGUCUUAAAUGAAACCUAAAAUUUGCGAAGCUGGAGAGAUAAGUUGAAGUUGAAUGAUACCUGAACCAUUGAUGCAGAGUCACUGCAGGCACCUUCCUCACCUGUUUUAUUAGUUAGUUCAUGUUUAUAUCUAAAAGUUGGAUAUUUUCUACUUAUCUCUCCUGGUGAAUUGGAUUUGUUGCAAAAAUGCUACAGGAAAUCCAAGACUUUGCACUGGUGCUAUAUUUUGUUAUGAUUCCACUGUAAAUGUUAUUGUUGUAGUAGAGAUUUCUACUUGUUUUUAAGACCUGCAGUGAUGGAUUAAUGAGGUGCUGUACAUGCGUAGGAGUGCUCACUUUGGCAAUAAAAUGGUAUCUUAUUUGUUUGUACA